CGGGGGGGCUCGUUAAGAGGAGCCUCCUUAAGGAAGCGAGCCCCAGGCGCCGCGCGUAUUUAUAGCCGCCCCGCGGAAACGACAUUAACCCGCGCCGCGAGCGGCAGGGGCGUCAGUCGUGGAGGGAAACUCGAUGCAUACGGAGGCAGAGUUUCCGUACCCCCCUCCUCACCUCGCCCGCUUUCCUUCCCAAUCUCUUCAACCCCCCACCCACCGCCAGCGGCAGCUACCUCCCCGCCUAAAAAACGAAAACAAACCCCGCGUCCGCGUGUCCGCGCGGUGCCGCGUUGCGCUGCGUCGGGAGUUCGAAACCCGGGGGCGCCGACGCCGCCACUCCCGCCCACGCGAGACCGCGCGCGCCGGGGCACGGCCGCUCGGUCUGGGGAGGUCCCCCCGCCCCCUCCUCUCUCCGUGCCCCUCCAUUCCUUCCAUACUCCCUCCCCCCUCCACCAAGCCCACUGGUCGUACCCCACCAUUCCUCCCUCCCCCCACUCGCCCGCCCGCCGCGUCCCGUAGCCCCACGCGGCCAGGAGCGCGGGUCAGGAAUUCGCGUUCCACCGACCCUGCCACCCACCCCCUCUCCCCAACACAAGCCCCCGCGCCCAUUCCCUCCCUCCCCCUGCCGUGCGCGGCUCCGUCUCGGCAGAGCGGGUGCGCGCACUCGCCGCCCUGUCACGCGCGCGGAUAAUUAUCGCCGUUCAUUAUGGAGCGCGGCGCGGGAGCGCGGGGGGCUUGCAAACCGCGUCCUUUGUGCGCCGCGCGUGCCCGUGCCUCCCCCCCCCGCCAUCGGCUUCCCUCGCCUCUCCCGCUCAACCUCCCCCAUAGUACAGGCUCCCCCCCCCCCAUUCCUCCUCCCCACCACCCCUCUCUCGCCCUCUACACGACUACCACCCCCGCCGGAUCGCGUCCCUUUCAUUUCCUCUGCCUCUUGUUUUCGCGCUGUGAGGCUCCUGAACGAGGGAGUCCAGCGGUAGCCGUGCGAGACGAGAGGUUGAGGAUACAAGUUCGCGUCAAGACUCCGUGCCAUGGGGACUCGCGUCGACUCUGCUCGCCCCACGCCCGCCGCCACAUCGCCCGUGGCUUAACGCGAAUAAAGAAAUAAGAAAAAACUCCACCGAUCCAUCAACCCCAACCACCGUCACAAGGUCGCCGGCCCAUCGCCACCGUCACCAUAAGCGCCAUCAGCGUCAUCGUCCACGCCGCGGCAGUGCCUGCCAUGGCGCAGUCCACCAAGGUGUACGACCUCUCGAAGCGCAAGAGCCAGUCGUCUCUGGACAAGCCCACGCUGCGGGAACACGACGCGCUGGGUUACGCCGAGAUGGCCUUCGACGCGCUCGGCUUCGGCAAGCAGCAGUACGCGUGCGCCGUGGAGGCGUUCGCGAGGGACGGCUUCCUGAUGAAGGCCCGCGGCGCGCACGCGGCCGCGCUCGCCGGCGGCGGCGGCAUGGCCGCGCUGCACGCGAGCGGCGCCUACCUGGGGCCCCACGCGCUCUUCCCGGGAGCGGGCGGCGCGGCGGCGGGCGGCUGCAUGAGCGACCACAUGGUCAUGGUGUCCAAGCCCAUCCCCAUGCUGCCCGUGCCCAUCGGACAGUCCUUCGUGCACAUGGUCCCUUACCUGUCGCGCGACGCGCUGCUUCCGGCCGCCGCGGCCGCUGCGGCCGCGGCGGCCGCCGCCGGCCACGGGCCCCUGCAGUCGGACAACGCCAGCAAAGCGGCCGCGGCGGCGCACGCCCUGCUCAGCUGCGGGCUGCCCAUGACCCCCAGCGACAUGCUGGGCCCCAAGGGCAUGCUGCUGCGCCUCGAGCUGCCCUCCAUGGUGCACGCGGCCGCGGCGGCCGCGGCCGCCGCCGCCUCGUCCAUGUCCUCGCCGGGAGUGGGCUCCUCGCCGUCCGUCUCGCUGCCCCCGCACGCGCACGCGCCGCGGCCCAAGCAGGGCUCGUCCGGGCAGCAGCAGCAGCAGCAGGCGGCGGUCGGGGGCAUCCAGCAGCACCCUCCGCCCGCGGGGCUGCCCCAGGGCAGCGCCUUCCAGCUGGCGGGCAACGUGCCCGAGACUCUCACGGCCAUCGCCGAGGCCGGGCCCGGGGCCGCGGGGGUCGUGGGCGGCGCCGGGCUGGGCGGGCUGGGCCUCGUGGCCGGACCCGGGGAGGGGGCCUCGUGCGCCGUGAAGCGCGCGGCGGGGCCUGGGCCGCACUCGGCGGGCGGCUCCGCUUCCUCCGUGUCGGCCGCUAAGAAAAAGCGGAAGCGCUGCGGGAUCUGCCCGCCAUGCCUGCGGCGCCUCAACUGCGGCGAGUGCCGGAGCUGUAAGAACCGGCGCACGGGCCACCAGAUCUGUAAACUGCGCAAGUGCGAGGAGCUCAAGAAGAAGCCGACGGCGUUCGCGGAGGUGCGUGGUGGUGGUCCCCGCUGGUCCCCGCUCCCUGCUCCCAUCUCCGUGCUCCUCUAUCUAUCUCAGAGCGUGCUGUUCGAGCACUAGACCGCCGUGCCCAGCCCCCACCGCCACCCAAGGCCCCCCAACCCCGGCACGGCGUCCCCGUCAUGGAACGCCAACAGAGAACCACCAUCGAGCGUCAUCGAGCGAGGGCCGACGCCUCUUGGGGGGAGGGAGGGGAUGGAGGGGGGUGGAGACGUCGCCCCUUCUCGGCAAACGCCGAUGCGAGAUGUGAAUUCCAGCCUAGUACCAACCCAGCAAACUCACCUCCCCGCACUCAAGACUGAUACUUUUUUUGUAUAAAAUAAGAAAACAAAACAAAAUAUACCGAAAAUAAGAUUUAAAUAAAAGACUAAAGACACAAACACUUAUCGACGUGGAAGACGUUGAUGGUGGUGAUCAUGGCGAUGAAGACAAACAGAUGUUCACAUACAUCGUCAUCAUCAUCACACGGAGCCACGGGAGAGGCGAGUACAGGAAAGAAUACCAGUAACUAGAACACCAACAACACUACAACUACUACAACAAUAACCACAACACCACCACCACGGCAACAGCAGCGACGGCGGCAUCUCGACCACGGGAGUUGUUUCAGCCGAACACCGCCUUGCCCCCCUCCAGCGCUUAAAGCCGAGCUACGUGUGCUGCCCUCGCCCCCACGCUGCCCAGUUUCGGGAGAGCAGUGGAAACCCCGCCUGCCCCCUGCUGUGGCCGCGUGCCUUUAAGAGCCCUCUAUCUUUGCCUGCUGCGGGAGGUGGGGGGGGCGUCCUCCUGUGUGGCUCGACAACAAAGCGCCUUUGAAAAACAAAACACCAGCCACGGCAUCGACCAGCAACCACCACAACCACCAACAACCAGCACGACUACUGCUGCAACUACUACUGCUGAAAGAGGACGAACUGAGUCCAAUUAAGGAGGCUCCGCCCGCGUGGACUCUGCAGCGAGGCGCGGGUGGCGGUGACGGCCACGAGACGCGGCGCCACGCGUGGGGCGGUUGUGGAGGAUCACUCGUACGCUGUAUAUAUGUGUGUACAGUCCGUGUACAUUCACUGUUUUAUAGUUGGAAGUCUACGGAGGCCGCCGGAACUGCGGCGAUGACGCAGGUUCUCGUGGGGUACCAUUAGUGAGACGGGAUGGGGGGUGGGAUAAUGUGGGCAUGCAUUUUGUGUUUGUGGUCUCAGCACCGCAGCAGCAGCAGCAGCGUCUUCACGCUGCUGCACGCCACGCACAGCGUGACAACGAACUCGCACUCCGCGCGACCACCGCACACUCGCGUCGCACUAGAAUUACCGUGCCGAACCGCAUCGCGCCACACCGCACACCGCAUUGUGACGACAGCACUGUAACACUGCACGGGAUCACAACACGUCGCAGCACGCACACACCGUGCGGUGAUAACCACGCAACACACAGCAGAGGCACAACACGACACGACAUCCAAACUGCCCAGGCACGGCGCGUCGCCCACCCUAAACAGAGCACUUCAGAGGUACCUCGGAACCGCCUCCCCACCCUUCCCUAAGUGGGGGAGCAGGCCACCCCCCUCGCCCCGCCUCCCCGUUCCUCCCCGCGGUGUCUCCACCUGAAUGUGGACGUGUCUCCAGCUGGAGCCACUCGCGUGGAGAAGACGAAACUCCUCGAUGGCACAACUCUGGCUCUGAGCCAGUAAAGGACCCUGAUGUUCACGGGGUGGUGCAGGACAGGGGGGGGGGGUCCUGUUGAGGGGUGAGGAGCCCCCUCCCCCAUGCCCCCUCCCCCCAUGCCCCCUCCCCAUCCCCGCACGCAGACACACGACGAGGACUGGCGGCCGAGCAUGGGUGAAGCACUUUGCAGCGCUGUGGACGGCCGAGGGAGGCCCGGGGGAAGGCCCCAACCGCCAGGGUUGGCCGCACGGUCCCGAAGCGAAGGACCUGCAACAGAAACGGCGAACGAUUAUUGUUUGUGUUGUUGUUGGGUGUCGGUUCUCCGUUUAAUUUCUUCAAAAGCGCCAAUCCGAUUAGGCGAGCCACGUUGGAGAAGAAAAGCGACGUUUAAAUCACAAACAACAACGGCGACCAGGACAAACAAACAACAACAACACGCUGAGCAAUAUGGAAAAUUAUUAAGGAUGACUGACGACAAUAACGACAGCUUCGUAAGGGUGAUCAAUCUCGAAAUGACGAUGAUCAAUUUAUAAAUAAUGAUAAUUACACGCGACUCAGACGGGGAGAUCGCGCGCCUCGGGGACACGGUGAUUGGUGGCGGAGGAACGGUUCACGACGACAGGGCCACAGUCAUCGCCUUUGUCGACGGCCUCCCUCCUCCUCCCCCCUCUGAGGCCCACGUCACGCGCGGAGGAAACUCACCACCACCACCCCCACCACCACCACGCCACGAGCCAGCAAUGAAUUCGGAUUAACCGGAGCCGAUACACAACGAGAAGACGCCGAGAGAGGGAGAGACAGAGACGAUGAGAAGCAACAACAAAAGACUCGAGGACAAAAAUAAAAGACCGGAAAUUGACUCGGGACACUCUUUUGUGGCGCCGAGCAUCGCGAACUCUGACGAGGGGGGGAUAGGGGGGUAAAGGGGGGGGGGCGAGCGGGGGUAGUGCCGCCGCAGGUAACGUCUCGGCGCACCGUGCCUGCGCGCGACUCGUGCAUGCUGUGUUUUGGACGUUCCCGCGCCGAGGACGCGGGGCCACUUACCGCCGGGCAUGCGAGGUAGUGGCGGGCGCGCGCGUGGCGACACCCAGAGAGCGCGCGCGCGCGGGGGCGGGGCGGGGGUGGGUUUUGGGGGGGGGGCAUCACAGUUGUAUCGCGAAUGAAUGUUAGCGUCAUGUAAACAGCCCUUGUCGCGUCUGCCGUCGUUAGUGCUGCGUUCAUUCUGGUCUCUCUACGUAAGCGGUACGGUAUAUUUUGUUAUAGACGAUAUACAGAAAAUUACAAAAAAAAUGGGAAGCAGAGAAAUACUUAUUGUAAUAUUAAUAAUGUUGAAGAUAAUUAAAAAAACGUCAUAUUUUUAAUUAUUUUUGUUCGUUCUUAUUUUGCAAGGAUUGCGUUUACAGUGGAAUAAUAAUAAAAACUAUUAAAUAAAGAUAAUUUUCCUGUGCUAUAAAA